AUGAAAUGGUGGACAGCUUCUUGUUCCAUGUUGCCCACUUUCAAGAACAUGGGAUGGUCCUAGAAACACCAGCAAGGGUGGCAGAGCAUUAUGCAGUACUGGAAAACCCAAGCUUCUCCCCAGUGGGGGUUCUACUGAGAAUGAUUCCUGCUGUCGGACACUUCAUCCCCAUCACUUCCAUGACACUGAUCUACUAUCACCUCUAUCUCGAGGAUGUCACCUUUCACCUUUACUUGGUCCCCAAUGAUUACACUAUUCGGAAGGCUAUUGAUGAUGAAGAAAUGAAGUUUCAGUUUGUGCGCAUAAACAAGCCACCCCCAGUAGAUGCUCUUUAUAUUGGUUCCCGCUAUAUCGUGUCUGGCUCUAAAAAUGUGGAAAUUAUCCCCAAGGAAUUGGAGCUGUGCUACCGAAGCCCUGGGGAAUCUCAGCUCUUCUCUGAGAUCUACAUUGGGAAGAUGGAUUCAGAGAUUAAGCUGCAAAUCAAAGACAAGAGGCACAUGAAUCUCAUAUGGGAGGCCCUGCUAAAACCAGGAGACCUCAGACCUGCUCUGGCCAGGAUUGCUUCAGCCACCAAAGAUGCUCCUUCCUUUCUACACUUCAUGGACCAGCAUCGGGAGCAGCUGGUGGCCCGAGUGACAUCAGUGGAUCCUCUCUUGGACAAGCUGCAUCAUCUGGUGUUGAGUGAAGAGUCCUAUGAAGCAGUGAGGGUUGAGACCACAAACCAAGACAAGAUGAGGAAGCUCUUCAGCCUUAGCCAGUCAUGGAAUGAAGCCUGCAAAGAUAAAUUCUACCAAGCUCUAAAGGAGACUCAUCCUCACCUGGUCAUGGACCUCCUUGAGAACUCAGGCAGGGUCUCUUUGG